AUGGCAAGGCUCGCAAUCGUCUUAGCUGGAGCUCUCUGCCUCCUCUCUCUGGCUCAGCUCGCCAACGCCCAGGAGCCUCAAUUCAUCGUCAAGGGAAGGGUGUUCUGCGAAGUUUGCCGUGCCAAUUUCAUCAAUAAAUUCAGCAAGCCAAUGGUAGGAGCAGAAGUGAAGUUGGAAUGCAGAGAUGAGGAAUCCGGGAUGGUGACAUACAGCUUGACUGGGGGUGUCACCAAUGACAAGGGAGAGUACAGAUUAGCGGCGGAAGGUGAUCAUGAAGCGGAAUACUGUGAGGUGACAUUGGUGAAGAGCAGCGAGCCUGAUUGUGCUGAGAUCCCAGUUGACGGGUUGGGAGAGAUACCAGCAGCUGAAAUCACACUCACAGCCAACAAUGGCUUCCAUGAUACGUUCCGUCACGCUAACGCACUCUUCUUCACCAAGAAGGAAGCCAUGCCUCAGUGCGAAGAGCUCUACAAGGAGCUGGAAGAGGACAAGGAAGACGAGGAGCCCUUGCCUUGA